UGAAGAUGAUGAUACCCACCAGUCACACUCCUCGAUCCCUCUACGAUUUAACCCGUCGCCUUCCUCCCCGCCUCCCUCAUUUUACUCUCGCUCCUCUUCCCCGUCAUCCAGACGCCUUCUCCACGACGAAUCCCACAGAGACCAUGCCGAUCAGACACUAGCCGAUGCCUUUGGUGAUGGCAGCGAAUCCGAGUCCGAUGAUGAACCAGACGAUCGCCAGCGGUUAAUGCGGGCUCAGCCGGAAUCCCGUCCGGUGGCGGAUAGCAACGGCGCCGCGACUGCAUCCUCGUCCUCAAGCGGCUCAGAACUUUCGGGCGAUUCGCGCAGCCCCGGAGGUAUGCCACGAAGGCAAACGAUUCUGCCGUCGUUUAGUACCCCGAGUUCGGGAGCGGGCCGGGUGAUCAGUUCGGCGAAUGAUGGUGUUUUCGCUAAUCUGGCGGCUAAGCCGGAGCGCGGGGAGAAGAAUGAGGAUUUGCCUCCGUCUUACGAAGAAGCCGCCGCCGAUGCUACACCCCCGUACUGGGAGACGACAAUUCUGGCCCCGGGUAUCUCGUCGGACGAGGUGUUUGUGGAUGGGCUACCGGUUGGCUCUAUCUUUUCGUUUGUCUGGAAUGCGAUGAUCUCCAUGUCGUUCCAACUGGUCGGAUUCCUCCUGACUUACUUGCUUCACACGACGCACGCCGCCAAGAAUGGAAGCCGGGCUGGUCUCGGUCUCACGCUGGUGCAGUACGGCUUUUACAUGAAGGGUGGCAGUGAGUCGAAGGGGUCAGAUGAGGGAGGCGCCGAUUAUGUGACACCACCGGACCCGAACAGCCAUAGUUUCGACCCGAACAAUGUGGAUGGAGGUGCAGGGGGAGAUGGCGGGGGUGCGGCGUCCUCGAUCACCACGAGUGAAUGGAUCUCUUAUGUGCUGAUGAUUGUCGGGUGGUUUAUUCUAAUCCGGGCCAUCAGCGACUUUCUGCGGGCGCGACGCCACGAGCAGCUGGUAUUGCAGAGUCCGGAGCGAGGGCUCAGCGUUCCGGUCAUUGCGGAGGGCGAGCGAUCAGAGACGGUCGUUUAGGGAUGGGGUUUCGGUCUGGGUAAUCACUUGGAGCAUGGAGUUAUGAUUUUCUUCCGGGUUCGCUAUUCUUAUAAUCGGCUCUACGAUCCAUCUGUAGGAUGAAUGGGAGCCUGCUGAGCAUUGGUAGCCUAUCGUUGACCCGGGUUCUUUCUUUUAUUUUCAUUCCCUUGUCUACUUUUUUAUCAUGUGGUGGGGUGUCAGCUAUUGCACGAGUUAAUCGACCUGUAGCCUAGAAUACCUUUGUUAUAUUGUUGGCGAGAUACCUUUGGGAAGUGAUUGAUAUCAAUCGAAACCAU